UGCUCCCCUCUUUCCCGCACUGCCAGGGCAGCAGCAAGCUGCGCAUCCCAGGCGAGAGGGAGCCCAGCUGCCACCUGCGCGCGCCUGGGAGGAGGGGGGGAUGCUUGUCCAGGGCUGCCCAAGUUCAAAGUUCACAGUUCACUUACCCCCCUCCCAAAAAAAAGUGCAGUAGUUUUUGCAAUGCAAGAUGGCGACGAGGCAGUGAGAGGAGGAGGAGGCAGCAGCGCGGCGAGAUACCCAGGGCUGCGUGCUGCUGCUCCACUCUCCCCCGGAUCAGGAUGUACAGCACUGGAGAGCCAAAGCAUUGCCCAUAAAGCACAUAAUUGGAAAGGGCUCUGGGCCUCUGCCCCAGUCAGAACACCUGCAAUAGUGAACACUAACUGGUGGUGGAUGUGGACUUUAAGGUGUGACUCAACGUUUCAUCCUUUGACUAUAAGUUUUUUUAUCUGAUUGCACUAGAAAAAAGCUGCUAAUGGGAUAAAUGUUGAGACAUUUAAGGAACUGACUUGAAGUACCAAAAGCCAUUAUUAUAAAACAAGAAAAGCUUGAAGCCAAGGCCUGCAUCUGGCCAGUCAGUAUCAUUUCCUCACCGUGACAGAAUGGCAAGUAAAAGAAAAUCAACUACACCUUGCAUGGUCCUGGCAAGCGAGCAGGAUCCAGACCUAGAAAUGAUAUCAGACUUGGAUGAAGGACUUACUCUGCUUACGCCAGCAGAGAACCCCACAGCAGAGAGUAUAUCAAGUGAUGAAGACGUUCAUGAAUACACGGAUUCAGACAAUCAGCAAAAUAAAAAAGUUGAAGGUGGCUAUGAAUGUAAAUACUGUACAUUUCAGACACCAGAUCUAAAUAUGUUUACUUUCCAUGUGGAUUCAGAGCAUCCCAAUGUAGUUUUAAAUUCUUCCUAUGUUUGUGUGGAAUGCAAUUUUCUUACCAAAAGGUAUGAUGCUCUUUCAGAGCAUAAUUUGAAAUACCACCCUGGAGAAGAGAAUUUUAAAUUGACCAUGGUGAAACGUAACAACCAGACAAUCUUUGAGCAAACAGUGAAUGAUCUCACUUUUGACGGGAGUUUUGUGAAAGAGGAGAAUAUGGAGCAACCCAAUGCCUCUGAGGUCUCCUCGUUGGGCAUCUCCAUUAGCAAAACUCCAAUUAUGAAAAUGAUGAAAAAUAAAGCAGAGACUAAACGAAUUGCAGUUUUUCACAAUGUAGUUGAAGACAUUCCUGGUGAAGAAAAGGAAACGGAAAAUGAGCCGGACUGCGAGGAAGUAGUAGAAAACCCACCAUCAGCAGCCCCCGAGUCUAAAACAAGCAACCCAGCUGCUUGCAAUACAGCAGAUACAACUAGCACAAUAGUUACCCCAGCCCCAGGAAUUCCUCCAGGGGUGGCACAGGUAAUCACGGCUGUCACAGCUCAGCAGAACUCCAACUUGAUUCCAAAAGUCUUAAUCCCAGUCAACAGCAUUCCAACCUACAACGCUGCUUUGGAUAACAACCCACUCUUGCUCAACACCUACAACAAAUUUCCCUACCCAACCAUGUCAGAAAUCACUGUUCUUUCUGCUCAAGCUAAAUAUACUGAGGAACAGAUUAAAAUAUGGUUUUCUGCCCAACGUCUGAAGCAUGGUGUGAGUUGGACACCAGAGGAAGUAGAGGAAGCAAGAAGGAAGCAAUUCAAUGGCACUGUGCAUACUGUACCACAGACAAUUACCGUCAUCCCAGCACACAUUUCAGCAGCUAGCAAUGGUUUGCAAUCCAUCUUGCAGACAUGCCAAAUUGUUGGUCAGCCAGGUCUUGUCCUCACUCAAGUUGCAGGUGCAAAUACAUUACCAGUAACGGCCCCUAUAGCUUUGACAGUAGCAGGAGUCCCAAAUCAAACACAGCUACAGAAGAGCCAAAUCCAUACUGCCCAGCCUAUGGCAGAAACCAAGCAAAUAGCUGCCAUUCCAGCCCCUCAGUCCAUCAAAAAUGAAAACACAUUAGUUAAUCCUGAUUCAUUUGGCAUCCGUGCAAAAAAAACAAAAGAACAGCUGGCAGAAUUGAAAGUCAGCUACCUUAAAAAUCAGUUUCCUCAUGAUUCGGAGAUUAUUAGGCUCAUGAAAAUAACAGGCUUGACUAAAGGAGAGAUCAAAAAGUGGUUCAGUGACACACGUUACAACCAGAGAAACUCAAAGAAUAAUCAUGGUAUUCAUCUCAACAGCGAUUCCUGUGCCACCAUUGUUAUCGACUCAAGUGAUGAAACAAAUGAGUCGCCCACGGCAGUCACUCCGCAGAGCAAGCAGUCGUGGAACGCUUUCCCGGAUUUCACCCCGCAGAAGUUCAAAGAAAAGACUGAUGAGCAGUUACAACUCCUCCAAGCCAGUUUUCUCAACAGCCCUGUCCUUACGGAUGAAGAGAUGAAUCGGUUAAGAGCACAAACCAAACUGACCAGGAGGGAGAUUGAUUCCUGGUUUACAGAGAGAAGGAAAUCGGAUGCCUUAAAGGAAGAGGUAGGUGAUUUGAAUGAGAGCACUGCAAGCAGCUCAAAAGAGGAGGCUGGAGAAACCUCUCUGGGAGAUGGAUCUGCAGGGUCAAAAUCAGGGGCUGCUGCUUCAAGCAAGAUAGGUAAAAAAUCACCGGAGCAGUUACACAUACUGAAGAGCUCAUUUGUCCGUACUCAGUGGCCAUCCCCACAAGAAUAUGACAAGCUGGCAGAAGAAACUGGACUUCCUAGAUCAGAAAUUGUUAGUUGGUUUGGAGACACUCGCUACGCCUGGAAAAACGGUGGUUUGAAGUGGUACUAUUACUACCAGAGUGCCAAUGCGAAUAGCCUGAAUGGGCAAAGCUUUGUGAGAAAGAGGGGGAGAGGAAGACCAAAAGGAAGGGGAAGGGGGAGGCCUCGCGGACGGCCCCGAGGAAGCAAAAGGCUGAACAGCUGGGACCGAGGAUUGUCCAUCAUAAAAUUUAAAACUGGAACAGCAAUCCUUAAGGAUUAUUACAUGAAGCACAAAUUCCUUAAUGAGCAAGAUCUGGAUGAACUGGUAGCCAAAUCACACAUGGGGUAUGAGCAGGUCAGAGAAUGGUUUGCGGAAAGACAAAGACGAUCAGAGCUAGGCAUAGAGCUCUUUGAGGAGAAUGAGGAGGAAGAUGAAAUGCUGGAGGAUCAGGAAGACGAGGAAGAAACGGAUGAUAGUGACACUUGGGAACCCCCCCGACAUGUUAAGCGUAAACUCUCAAAAUCAGAUUGACAUGUAAGUUUGGGGCUCGGGGCCAAAAACCCAUGAAUUUGACAUUAUUGUGAAGAGCCAAAUAACUAAUGGCCUUCAGUUUUAGUGAACACCUGCUUAGCAUUUUUCCUCCGCCUCAGAGAGCAGACAAGAUGCUACCUGUGUAGCCAACAAAUGUUUCCCUCCUGGCUAGCAGAGAUGGACACGCUUGAUGCUGCCCAGGAUUUGGGGUUCUAAAAUCAACCCAAAUUCAGCUCCUCUUCCUCCACAUCACUACCGUGGGUCCAUCCUUUACGUGACUCCUUAGAAAUAUUUAGCUGCCUUACAUUUAAGUCCAAAAACGCAGAUGCAGUUCCCAUUGUUGUAGGAGAACAUUACCCACUCUUGGAGGAGGAAAAUACAAAAACCUAAGAUGUCUUUUUGCAAACCUCGCUUCACCUGCAAGGCUUCAGGGCUUGGGGUUUUAUUUUUAAAGGAAAGAAUUCAGAAGCAAAAGAAGGGGAAAAGUGGCACAAAGGAACCAAUAAAGCCAGGGGUGAGAUUUCCUUGGUUUUAGGAAACUAGGAAAAAAUGGAUAUCUCUGUCAUGUCCUCAGAGUGUUUGGGGUUUACAGAACUCUUGCUGACAAUGUCCUGUUGGUUAUCCUGAGCUGAGCACAUUUAAAUAUAGAGCUAUUUAAUGCUUUCCAUUAAACUUAAUCAGUGCAUUUAGAAAUCCAUCCAUUUAAUUUGAAUGCCUUGCAAACUUGAUACAAUCCAUUGCAUCCUUUUUUUUCCUUUUGGCUUAUAUAUUUAUUCCUGUUAGAAAAUGGUAAGAAAAAUGUACUUAUGUCUAGCCAAAACAUCCAUGAAAUCAAAUGCUGCAUUUAAAAAAACAUAAAUAUAGGAAGAUAGGAAAGUUCCCUAAAAAGCUGUUCAGAAUCAGUUUACAGAGAGUAAAUUGCUCAGCAUCAUAACAAAUACAGAGAUUAAAAGCAUCUCCAUAGUUGACUGCUAGGAAGAACAACUGUUCCUUGGGUGAAUUUGAUAUCUUUUAUUAGACCAACCCAAAUGGUUGGAGAAUAGUUAUUAAGCAAGCUUUCGGGUUCAAAAACCCUUCGUCAGGCUAAGGAAGCUUCAGUAGUUGUUGCGUGCUCUUCCUGGAUGGAAGAACAACUUGCAUUUUUAAAGGAGGUGUGGCAGUGCCGUAAUAAUUCAAUUACUAUAGAAAAUUAAAAUAUAGCUGCUACUGCCUCUUUAGCCUUUGGGCGUUGGGAAUGAUAUGCACCAUUUUUCUUCUUCAGUUGUAGCCCAGUCAAAUGAUUUGUGAGCAAAUUUAACUUAACGUCAUCCUAAUGGAUUCAGCCCAUCACUUUGCUAAUUACUUUUAUGACUAUGUAGGGCAGUAAAACUAUACUGUCAAAUACUCUCAUUUUAAAACUCUCAAGUUUGACCUACCUGGACUAAACUGUAGAAAUGACUUUAUCUGGUAGGGAACACUUGCUGAACAUUAAGUAUCUGUGGGUGCAUCUAUUCAUGCACUUUAUUACGGAGUUGACUAAUUAGCUCUGCAGUAAAGCAUCACUGUCUACACAUGCACUGAUAUUAGGGCACAGUAAAUUAACUGAUGUCUUUUACUGCACUGCAGCGCACGUGUAGACAGUGACUGGGACAGCAGCACUUUGAACCGGGGGGAGCACCCUGGGCUGGCAGCAGGCUCGAGGGGGUCAUCCACAUGACCACAGUUUCGACACUCUCGUGUCCCAGCCAGCUUCUCUGCCGCCCAUUGCCACCACCCAGAGCCUAGGGCUGACCUCCCAAGCCUCCUGCCAGCCCAGGGCUGCUCCACCCUGGCUCAAAGUGCUACUGUCCUGGGCACAUGUGUAGCUGCUGCACCUUGGAGCAGUGUACUUCAGUGCAAACUGCUCUGGAGUUAAUCACAUUGUAUUAAUUGCACAUGUAGAGGCACCCAGUUUCUCAAAAAAUUAAUCAUUUGAGCCGAAGAAAACAAAGUAUUGCCAGUGUCUGAUGAGCCAGCUCAAGAACAGGGUCACUAAAGCCAGCUCAGGAAGGUGCCUUGCAUUCAAAGAAUAUUUUCGCUGAGGACCAGCAGCCGUGUUUCUACCACCACCUUCCUGUGAUUCUGCAGGGAGUAGAGGAGUCAUUAAAUUUUACCAUCAAGGGAAGAAGCUGAAUCAUUUCAUUUCUGUUUAGCUUGGCCAAUGCAGUCUGCAUUUUGGCUGGGUGGUAUUAGCAUCUUAGAGAAACUGCCCCUAUGAUAACGUAUAUCUUCUCUUCAUACAUCCACUAGACUUCUCCCAGUGGCCAUUAUGCAGACCUGUGGAAGACAGGGCAAUCUGGCAUAAAUCUGUCCUAAAUCAGUCCGAAUGCAGUUUCUAACUCAUGAUCUCAUGGGGCUCUUCUUUUUCACAGUGAUAAGUGACCAAAGACCAACAUAUUCCUCUCAUAGCGUGAGCUUCUGAAGCUGAGGAGACCUUAGUAGAUACUCUUUCUCUCUCUCUGUGUGAAGCCUAGAACAAAAUAAAAAAGAAAGAGGACAAAAAUCUCAAUCUGGGAGAAGACAGUAUCUUGCAAUCAGUUGCUUUUUUAAAAAUUUGUAUCUAAUGUCCCCUUUCUCAUGAUUUUCUCAGCCACUUUGAUCUCAAAUGUAAAGGGCUCACUAAGCUUCAGGAGGACAUUCUGUCCUGAAAGUCCAACGCUAGCUAUCGAGGGUGUUCUCCUUUUCUGUUCAGGAUUACAGACAGAUAUUAAGACAGAAUGCCUUUCGGCACAUGACGCGGUCUGACUCCGGAAAUACCGACUGGUUGGCUUUAGAUAUUCAGGAUCUGAUGAAAUGAGCUUGGCUUCAUGAAAACUCAUACUAUACAUCUCUGAUUUAGUCUAAGGUGCAGCUCUACCCUGCCUUUUAGAAAUGUAAUCAGCAAGACCAGUGGGAAGCACAAAAAACCUAGCAAUGUAGUUGGUCUUUUGUUGGUGCCUGUUAUUGUAGUGAUGUAAACUAGGACAUUUCAGUACCAAACUGGAGUAUCAAGAAAUGCACUUACCAGGUAAAACUGGGAGCACAGCAUUGUUUUCUGUGAUUCUGAAUUAGUUUAUUCAUAUGGAAUGCAGCAAUCGAAUGACAGAACAAGCUAUAGGCAGACAAGGUUCUUUGGGUGAAUCUGAUGCAAGAGAACAAGCUACAAACAUCCUAUAGACAACCUAUAAAAGACCUAUAAACAACAGCACUGAGGGAUAAGAUUAGAGUGAUGGUUUUAGAUUUGAUAUCCAUUGCAAGGCAUCGUAAGUAGCUUGGUGCAGGUCUUCAAAGCAACCAUUAAAACGAUAAAUAGGGCAUUCCUCCGUGAUGUGUGCUAUACUUUGGAUUUUGCCACAUUCACAAUUGGGUUCUUUGAUAAAAUUUAAUUUAUGUAGUAGGCAGUUACAUCUGCCUUGUCCUGUUCAACAUUGUCUCGUUCCACCUUAGUGAUUCUGAAUGUACACCGAUAUAGAAAAGAAGAAUCUGGCCUGAUCUUUUUGGGCUUUGGCUGCUAAAAAUGCCUCAAUUAAUAAAUAACAUUGUCUGGCUAAGGCUGAUAUGGAUGAGGCUG